AUGAAAUUCAUCACAGUAUUUCUUCUGUCUCUGGAGUACCUUACCUUUGGUGGUGUUGUAAGAUGUUCUGACUUGAAGCUAGUGAAUAAUGGUUAUGAUAAUGUUGUCAUUGCUAUUAACCCUGGGCUUCCAGAAGAUGAAAACCUCAUUACAAAAAUCAAGGACAUGGUGACGUCUGCCUCAUUCUUCCUGUACGAUGCCACCAAACAACGAGCCUAUUUUCGAGAUGUGAAAAUUCUAAUACCCAUCACAUGGCCACCAAAACAAGGCUAUCAAAGACCAACCACGCAAUCCUACGAGAAGGCUGACGUGAUCAUUGCUGAUUCACAUGUGAAGUUUGGUGAUGACCCAUACACUCUCCAGUACGGCAGGUGUGGUGAACGGGGCCGGUACAUUCACUUCACCCCGAACUUCAUGCUGAACGACAGUGUGAUCGAUGUUUAUGGCUCACGAGAUCGGGUAUUUGUCCAUGAAUGGGCUCAUCUACAGUGGGGCGUGUUUGAUGAAUACAACGAUUUGGUGCCGUUUUAUUUCUUUAACGAGGAAAUCCUGGCCACGGGGUGUUCAAAAGAGAUAAAGGGAAAGCAUGCUGAAUGCAGUGGAGGAUCCUGUCUUUCCUGCGGGAUUAAUAGCAACACAGGACUCCCAAACAGAGAUUGUAUGUUUUUUCCGGACAAAACGCAAACGACAGCGGCUUCAAUAAUGUAUCUCCAAGGAUUGAAAGAUGUGGUUGAAUUCUGUGAUAACAAGACUCACAAUGUUGAAGCGCCCAACAUGCAGAACAGAAUGUGCAAUUACAGGAGCACUUGGGACGUGAUCAGCAAGUCGGAUGAUUUCAAGAAUAACACUCCGGCUAACAUUACAUCUCUCGUGCCGACAAUAACUGUACUACAUGUCAAGGACCGAGUGCUGUGCUUAGUUCUCGAUGACUCUGGUAGCAUGCAACAGGAAAAUCGUAUGGAUAGGCUCCGACAAGCAGCGUCGAUAUUCCUGCUGCAGAUCAUUGAGGAAGGGUCCCAGGUUGGCAUCGUAACUUUUAAUAGCGUGGCAACUAUUGAAACACAUCUGAAAAUAGUCAACAGUGAAGCGGUUCGGAAGGAACUGAUAGGCUUCCUGCCUAAAAGCGCAAAUGGUGGAACAAAUAUUUGUAAUGGGGUUCGAUCUGCUUUCCAGGUCCUUCGCAGAGAUGACAACGCUACAAACGGCGAUGAAAUAGUUGUGCUGACCGAUGGGCAGGACAGUUCUAUAAACACUUGCUUCAAAGAAGUGAAACAAAGUGGAGCGAUUGUCCACACCAUCGCAUUGGGACCAAACGCAGACAAUGAUCUGGAAGAACUAUCAAUUAUGACAGAUGGCUUACAUUUUUUGGCCACAGAUAACGUGGAUGAAAAUGGACUAGUUAAUGCAUUCACCGGAUUAGUAUCAGGGAAUAGUGACAUUAACCAGCAGUCAAUCCAGCUUGAAAGUUCUGGAAAGCUCAUCAGCAGUAAUAGUUGGUCAAACGGUACAGUUUUCAUUGAUAAAACCGUUGGGAACGACACGUUCUUUGUAAUGACGUGGCAGGGAGGUACACCAUCCAUCUUAGUUCGUGAUCCUCGGGGAAAGAUCUACAAUGAUACAAGCUUUGACAUAGACAACACUUCGCUUACAGGACGACUUGCUAUUCCUGGCACUGCAGAGACAGGAUCAUGGAGAUACUCGAUAAAGAAUAUGGAUGCUGCAAACCAGGUUCUGAGCAUCACUGUGAUGUCCCGCGCAGCGGAUGCUGGUGUUCCACCUAUCACUGUCAAUGCUCACAUCAAUCAGGGUACAUCGACGUAUCCGAGCCCCCUGGUCAUUUUCGCAGAGGUCAGUCACGGCUUUCUGCCAGUCAUUAACGCUAAAGUGUCAGCCACAGUGGAGCGGGCAGAUGGCAAGUCUAUCAUCGUUGACCUUCUGGACAAUGGCGCAGGUCCUGACGCGGUUGAAAACGAUGGCAUUUAUUCUAGAUACUUUGUUAAAUUUGGUGGAAAUGGACGGUACAGCUUCAAAAUAAAUGUUCAAGGAAAAGAUGGAGUGACAAGAUUAUCGGCCAGAAGGCAUGGUCGUGCCCUGUACAUCCCUGGAUAUGUGCAGAAUGGACAAAUUCAACAAAACCCAUCUCGGCCACCGUCCAUUGGUGACAACACUCAGAAACUGGGAAGUUUUCAAAGAGUUAAAUCAGGUGGCACCUGUUUAGUAAGUAAUGUACCUCCUACAGGAUCUAUUCCUGACGUGUUCCCCCCGAGUAAAAUCAUGGAUCUUAAAGCAACAAUAGUCCACGAUAACAUACAACUGAACUGGACAGCGCCAGGAGACGAUCUGGAUCAAGGAAAUGCAUCCCAUUAUGAAAUAAGGAUGAGCAAGAACUUCACACAGCUGAAAAAUAAUUUUCAAUCGACUCACAAGAUUAACACCACUGGGUUGAAUCCUCAGACUGCAAGCUCCAAGGAAUCGUUUUUAAUCUCUGAGAAUAUUCAAUUGAAAAACGGGACUGAAAUCUACUUUGGUGUCAUUACAUUUGAUAAGGCAAAUCAAGCUUCAGCGUUGUCGAAUAUAGCACCGGCUGCCUUGGUAAUGGCGCGUCCAGUUCAACCUAGCCCGACCAGCCCACCAAACCAGUCGCAGCCACCGACAACAGCUCAUUCACCUCGUCGAACCACAUCCGUGCACCCUGGCUCAUCCGUGCGCCCUGGCUCAUCCGUGCGCCCUGGCUCAUCCGUGCACCCUGGCUCAUCCGUGCACCCUGGCUCAUCGUCCCAACCUAAUAACUCUCCGGUGAUUGAUGUUACAACAAUUGUUCUGAUAGUUUGUUGUCUUGUUGUUGUCGUAACUCUGAUCAUUGCCAUAACCGUGUGCAUUGUGGCUACCAGAGGUCGUAAGAGAGUCUCACCCAGUUAA